AUGGAUAGGCUCAAAACAGACAUCACCAACCCAAGAGGAAUACCCCAGGCCAAGUUCAUAGAUAAUGUUUCCGCGUUCGUGAAAUCUGACGACGAUGUUACGAGGCUGUUACAGGAGUGUGAAGAGAGACUGAAUCAAUACCGUUUCAUGGAAAGUAACAAGAAGGAAACUCUUAGGAGUCUGAGACUCAAAGUGCCCGACAUCGACAAAUCACUGGCAAUGGUUCGUUUUCUCCAGACCCAGAAAAAGACUGGAAACGAGGAAUUUGAUCUCAACUACGAGCUCAAUGAUACGCUCUAUUCCACGGCCUCGGUGGACGUUGAAAAUCUAGAUUCUGUGUGUCUUUGGCUGGGGGCCGACGUGAUGCUCGAGUAUCCUCUGGAUGAAGCCAUUGAGCUACUGGAAGGAAGACUCAAGACGGCAACUGAGAGUCUUGAUAUAACCAAGGAGGACUUGGAGUAUUUGAGGGAGAAUAUUACAACGAUGGAGGUCAAUACAGCACGGGUUUAUAAUUACGAUGUUGCCAGGAGAAAAGUCAAGGCAUAA